AUGUCUAACAAAGUUACCCUCACCGAUCCGCCUCCUCCUUUCAUAGGAGGAGAUGUCGACAUCAAAGAAAAGGUCGAACACGAAGAGAACGCUUACCAGGAGGAACACAUUGCGCUCAAGUCCCAAUUCGACGACUUGACCGCCUGGCAAGCGCUCAAGACGUUCAAGGUCAUCAAUAUCAACGGGAACAUCUUGGCGAACAAGGGAUUCAUCCGUCAGUUUGGUACCACCACCGAUGCUACCGGCGCACAGAUCCUCGAUGCUGCCUGGAUUUCCUCUUGGAGCGCCAUCCAGUCCGUAGGCCAGAUUAUCGCGAUGACCACCAUGCAUUUCCUCAGCGACCGAUACGGGCGUCGAAUCGCAAUGUUCACAUUGUGGUUCAUCCUAGCCCUGUCGGUCAUGACAGAAUCUCUAGCUUCCCAGCCUUGGCACUGGUUGAUCGGUAAACUCCUCGCCGGUGUCGGUGUCGGUGCUCUCCAAGCUACCGUCCCGGCCUAUAUCGCCGAACUCGCUCCAACCCGAAUCCGAGGAGCCCUCUUGCUAGCCUAUUCCUUCUCUUUCGGACUUGGAGGGUUCAUCGGUCCGUUAGCCCUGAGGGAACUCAACUUGAAACAUCCUUAUGCGUGGCGUAUCCCUAUCCUCUCUCAAUGGGGUCAGAUCGGGUUGAUGUUGGCCAUCUAUAUCUUCCUCCCUGAAUCGCCUUGGUAUUGCGCUCGGAGGAACCUCGACCAGAAAGGCAAGGCGCUCCUUACUCGCCUUUACGGAAAAGUCCCUGGGUACGAUAUCGAGUAUGAGUGGCAGCUCAUCCACAACGUACUGGACGAGGAGAAGAGACAGGCCGAGGAGAAUGGCCAUCGUCGGACGAUCGCUUCGACGAUCCCGUUGACGUUGCAACAAUUCACGGGUCUUGCUUUGAUUUACACAUAUUCGACUUCUGAUCCGUUGGCUGUCUUCGCAGACUUUUUCCAGGCUGCCGGCCAAAAGGACCCGUUCUUGACCACUUUGAUCGUCAAUUCGAUCAAGCUGGUCGUCAUCGUCGGAGGAGCGCUGCUAGCUGACAAGUUCGGUCGUCGGGUGAUCGUCCUCACCGCAUGCUCUCUAUGCUGGGUCGGUCUGAUGGUCAUCGGAGGUCUAGGUUUGGUGCCGAUCAACGACAAAGUCGGAAGCGUCCUCAUCCUCUUUGCUUGUGUCUGGAACGCCGGUUCCACCUCUCUUGGUGGUCUGGGAUGGGCAUACGUUGGGGAGACAUCAAGCUCUCGUUUGCGAUCCAAGACGGCAGGUUUCGCCGCGGCUAUCAGUUGUGUUUUCGGAGUCGCCUUUGGUGUCGGGGUCCCCUACAUGCUCAACGCAAACUACACCGACCUUGGCCUCAAGACGGCAUUCUUCUUUGCCGGCAUCUCACUUCCGGUGAUCAUCGCCGCCUGGUUCAUGUUGCCCGAGACCUCUAGAAGAUCUCCAGCCGAGCUGGAUGAGCUGUUUGAAAGGGGUAUCAAACCUUGGAGGUUCGCAAAGACCAAGACGCAAGUCCAGUUGGAUUUGGAGACCCGGGUCAAUCGGACCUAA